CUGAGGAAUACACUCCGUGCUUAGCUGCUCCGCCAAGGCACCUAGCAGAGGCUUUAUUUUAGACGGUGUCCUGUCCCAGGCAUAACAGGUAGCAGCUGUCACACCAGUAAUCCGUAGGACUAACAGGAUCAGAGUGUGAGGGAAUCACUUAUGGUGUUGAACCAUAAGAACACAGAAGUUACUGAGGCUGGGUGUGUUUCUACAUGCGUUUGUGAUUCCCCAGGAUGUCAGGAGGUUGUUUUGUUUUUUUUGGUCUGUGAAGAUUCAUCUCUGUUUCCACUAUUUUAGAAGCACUUUUUUCCUAGCUUUGUUGAUGAAGACAUCAGUGUCUUUUGUGUUAUUGAUUUGAUACAUCCGCAUUGAACAGCUUCCUUUGGAUUCUCAUUGUCAUCAAAUCAUUCUUCUUUCGCCCUGAAUCAUCUUGAAGGAAUCUGGGGAGGUAAACAGCUUUCACAAGCUGCCUGGAGUGCAGCCACUGCACUGUGUUGAGUUUCAGAUGCGAGGAAAAGGACUUGGUCAGCCAUCGGAUCCUGUGAAUUGCAAAGAGGUGUGCAUGAGAUUUGCAUGCUGGUGUUGAUGGCAAGCUGCAGAAGAACCCUUAUGAAAAUCUGUCGUCCAAGUCUCUGAGUCAGCUUCAUUGCGAUUAAUCUUUGCUGAAACAUUCAAUUAGCCAAAGACAACAAUCCUAACAGCUGAAUUCAGUGGAGGCCUUGGAAUCACUUGCUACUUCCCAUUUGUACUUUGGAAAAAAACGUAAUGUUUUUAUCUCCGACAAAACAACUUCAUUUGAGUCAGGGGUCAUUUGUAAAAUAAUCACAUAACUGCGAGAUGGGGUUUUGUGCCAACUUUUUGCACAACAUGAGUCCAUGGAUCCAACCAUUUUUGGGGCGAACUUCAGCACUACCAGACCGCUCUGAGGAUUGCUUGAUGUCUUGAGCAGCAAAGCAUCUCAGCGCAGCAACUCUCUCUUUCUCUCUCUUCUGCCUCCAGUGAAGUAGACAGUCUGGAAUUAUUGAUCUAUGUAGAUUCUCCCUAAAGGUCACAAGAAGAGGUUCACACACAUACGAGUCUGGAUAAGCCGGGCAAACGAGUGUCAAUGAUCUUACUCAUUCUAAGAUGAAGUUAUGGAAGUGUGCCGCCAUUGCCUUGACACUCUGCGGUGCAGCACUCUCCGUUCUCCGCACUAGAAUGGCUCCAGCCAGGACCGGCCACCUCCUCUCCAGGGACUCCUCCUCGCCGAGGUCCCCCUCGCCCACCACCUUCAAUGCCUCCGUGUCCUUGGACAGUGAGCAACGGCGCAGGCGCAGGUCGACGGAAGGAGCCAACUCAGUGCUUUCAGAGGUCAUGGACAUGUUCCAGAGCUUCACAGAGGGAGAACUCAAGCAAGUUAUCGGGGCCCUGGUGGAACGGAAGGCCCGGCGCGACGCCAGCGAGAGCAAAAGGACAAAGCGCGCCCGGAAGGGGACUCGCUGCUCGCUGCAGAACCGGGAGGUGACCGUGAGUCAGCUGGAGCUGGGCUACGAGAGCGACGAGAUCGUCCUCUUCAGCUACUGCAGCGGCAAGUGCUCGGCCAGCCGCCGCAACUACGACAUCACGCUGGCCUCCAUGAAGGAGCGGCUGCGCCACCGGCGGGAGAAGGUCCGCCACAACCCCUGCUGCCGGCCCACCUCCUAUGAGGAGGACUUUGCAUUCCUGGACAACCACAACAAAUACCAGACCAUCAAGGAGUGGUCGGCCAGUAAGUGUGGCUGUGUGUAACCCAACUCCCCCCAGAGGCCGCAACUCAACCCCCAUCUGAUACUGUAUCAUUCCUUCUGACAUACCAGAGGACGGACUGAAACAGCGAGAGGGGGAAGCAUCUGAAGAGAACACUGUACAGUACAUUUGAAACCAUUCACUCUCCUGGUCUUCUAAAGACAAAAAAAAAAAAAAAACGUGUGUUUUUCAUUGCCUUUGUUGAAAUAUAUUUUCUCUGAAACUGUUGAGCCAAUACACUGUACGAAUAACUUAUCCAAAUGAGCUCUUAAAGUCAUUUAUUGAUUGUUGCUCCACUAGUUACAUCUGGGCCCAGUCACAGUGGAUAGGGGAGGCCCUAUAUAUGACCACACUGGCAUUGUCUUGAUGAAUUCCUCAUUCUACAGCAGAUACGUCAUUCAGACAUAGUAAUACUAAACUGCAAACUCUUACCCUUUAAAGCCUAAUCACACAUUUAAAUGAGAUACUAAUACCACAGAGUGCUUUUUCGAGACCAAGCUGACUGGCUAAUGCAUGCUAUGCUUGAAUGGACGCGUAGACUAAACCAGGCUGCCAAAGCGGGCUGAGGCUGGGCUGCAUCAGAGGCGUCACUAGUGGAGCAACAGCAAGGAUCUGAGAGCACUUGGGGAAACAUGAAACGGAAACAUGAACGUACCCACAUUAGAAGCAUUCCCUGAUAUCACCGUUAAAAUGGUGUCAUGUAAUCUACAGCCUUCCGACAGCUAUUUAUAUCUACCUCAUUCUUUGUUUUGUGUGUUGACAGACACCAACGUAGACAUCUUCAUGGAUUCAAACAUGCGAUAUAUCUACUGCUGCUGUAGUUUCAGUGGAGGACAAAAAUGCGACACACGACAUUUUUAAAGCCAAACUCUUUCAAAGCAAUUUGCUUAAUGACAUUUAUGGCCACUGACCUUCUUAAUUCAAAUGUUAAAUAAGGUUCACGUCGAAUGCGAGCAGUGUUUCAGAAACGAAUCGGUGUGUCCCCAAGAGCAUUGCCAAACCUGAUUAUCCCAUAAAGCUUUACUUUGCAUUCUAAGCCUGUCUGGAGGAACAAAAAACAAUUCAGUGCCCUUUGGCCUCCCAGGCAGCCACCACUGCAUCUGGGCAGUACACCCAAACACUGCUGACAUUCAGAGUCUGGUGUAGGUCAUUUGGAUCAGAUUCAUCUGGCCAUAUACUGAGCUGGAUCAUUUAAUCCUUUUACUACCACAGCCAUGGGUUGAAAAGC